AUGAAACAACAAAAGAAUUUCUUGCUGGGCAUAGUAGAUCAACUAGCAGGGAUACGAGUUGGAGUUGUCAAAAUUUCGUGCCCUGCAGAAACUUUCCUCACCAUCGGCUCCUACACUUCGGCACAGCUCAAAUCUCACUUCGAUGGAAUGACGUAUAGUGAGAGCAUGACUGGAACGAAGGAAGCUUUCGAUAUGGCCUUUAAAGCAUUAGACAAAGAGUCAUCACAAGGUAAAGCUGUAUUUGUUAUGUCUGAUGGCGAAGACUCCAAUUGCCAUUUCCCAAACAGUAUUAAGAGUGAAUUCGAUACUGCAGAUGAUGCACUUGAAUUGCAAGCCCCAUUGCAAGAUCACUUACGUUUCGAGCCAAUCAAAAGUUCCACUAGCUGCGAUCUCCCGAAUAGAUGUGAUCCCAACUACUGGAUUGGACCAUCUGUGGCAGCGUUUCCUUUACCUCAAAAUUUUGAGUAA